AUGACAGACGUGGAGCUGAUGAAGAGGAUGUUACGGGCGGUGCUGACAGCCAAUAAGAACGGGCCCGGGGUGUCUUUGUCUCGCCUCCAGUCUGAGUACAAGGCUCUGACCGGUGAACAGAUCCCUCAUAAACAGAUGGGUCAUGCCAGUCUGGACGCCCUGCUGCACAGCAUGCCCAGCGUGGUCCGUAUGGAACGCAACCGCUCUGGGGAGGUGAGGAGAGAGUGUACAUACACACACACACACUCACACACACACACACACACACACACACACACACACUCACACACUCACACACUCACACACUCACACUCACACUCACACUCACACUCACACUCACACUCACACUCACACUCACACUCACACACAUACAAACUCAUGAAUGGAUGGAUGGAUGGAUGGAUGGAUGGAUGGAUGGAUGGAUGGACGGACGGACGGGUGGAUGGAUGGAUGGAUGGAUGGAUGGAUGGAUGGGUGGAUGGAUGGAUGGACAGGUGGAUGGAUGGACGGACGGACGGGCGGGCGGGCGGGCGGAUGGGUGGAUGGAUGGAUGGAUGGAUGGAUGGAUGGAUGGAUGGAUGGAUGGAUGGAUGGAUGGAUGGAUGGACAGACGGACAGGGAGACAAACAGCAUGAGGAGAAAACAUACACACUGAGACACAAACACAUAGACGGACGGAUGGACACACACACAUACUAACACACACACACAAACACACACAAACACGCACAUACACACACAUACACUCCAGUGGCUGGCUAAAGAUAAUGAAUGUAUCAAAAGUUAUCUCUAUGAGACAUCAAAGUAAUUAAAGCAAUGAUGCUGAAUGAUUAGCAUCCUGCUGGUGUGAGAUAAUGAGUGUGCCCUGUGGUGUGUGCACGUCUGCGUGUCUCCUCUUGAUCCUCUCCAGAUGGUGUGUUUCGCCUCGGUCUCCGGUGAGACGGCCCACGUUGCCAAACUGGUGGCCAAACAGCGUACCUCCAAGAAGACUGGACGACCCCAAAUUGUCAGCUGUCAGAUGAGGGUCAAACCGACGGCCCCUGUCGUCCUCAACGGUAGGGUGUGUGUGUCUGUAUGUGUGUGUGUGUCUGAAUGUGUGUGUGUGUCUGUUUGGGCGAGGUAUUUGUCUGACUGCCUAAUCCAUAUAAUUUUUCCAUAUCGAGUGGCUGUGGAUCAGACUUUCCUGGACCCCUCUUCCCCACAGCUAAAGGUCCCAAAGCUUCUGCGCAUGUGCGGGAUUCUCUACUUUACGCACAGUCUCUGCUCUACGCGUAGAGAACAGGCUACUCUGGCGAAUGGUGCUCGUUUAAUAAAGUUAGAUCAAAGCUGAGUCAAUGAUGCAAGAUCACAUCAUGAUAGUAUUCUACAUAACAGAACUGAAUAUAAUAGCAGUGUAACAUUACUGUAAGACAAAAAAGACCACCUAAUUUCUGAUGAGAAUUUAGGAUGAUUGUGCGUCGCAUUUUUCUCUCAUGUGGCCAAAACUGAACAGUUCGCGCCACUAGGCAAAAAAUGUGCUUUGAUUGAAACUAAACACAGGUAGGCUAUCCUACAGUCUGUUAACAGCAUCUGCUCUAAUCCGCUCACUGUACAUCAUUCAAAACAACACUGUAGGCUACUUCGAAACAACACUGUAGGCUACUUCGAAACAACACUGUAUAACUCAAGAAGAUCUAAAUGCAAAUCCCAAUGAAACUGAUUGAGAUCAAAUGGUUGGUAUGCAGAUGACGUAUCAUUCACUAUUGACAGGGAGAAAUGUAAAGGGAAGGCGACCACAACAAAUUGUGCGUAAAGUAGAGGGAAAUGAACGCAUGUGCAGAACGUGAUUCAGGACGGGGGUGGGACGGGGUGGUUACCUAUGGAACCGCAGCCUCAGCCUUUUCCAUAACCACCAAACCUAUAGAAAGGCAUAUUGGGUCUUAUCUGAGCAGGGCUGCCUUUCUUUGUCUCUGUAUGUACCUGCUAUUGUAUUAGCAGAGAUCCAAUCCUUUUGAAACUGAGAUUUCACCUCAUACUGAUCCCAUGGAAUGCCCCCUUUUGGAACGAAACCGGUGAACAUGCAAUUAACUCUUAUCAAAUUACACUUGAGCUUGAUUGUAGAAUGAGUCUGAACUCAAUUCCCUACCCACGUUUGCAAUGGGACCGCACUGGGCACACACUGGUUGAAUCAAUGUUGUUUCCACAAGGAAGGGAGAGAGAGUGGGAGGGAGAGAGAGAGAUGAAGCGGAGAGAGAGAGGGGGGGGGGGAAAGAAUAAAUUUUUUAACCAACGUGGUAAUUGAUGACUCUUCCCCCAGUGGGAAAAGCGUUUUGGGACAUGGUUUUUUAACAAGUGUUACGGGGGAAAGUUUUUUAAGAAGAGGUUAAGGAAAUGAAAGAAGAGUUAAAUUUUCCCCUGAAAUUUGUAAUUGAUUAUCUUCCUUUUGAACGUGUAGUUUUUUACUCUAACAGGUCUUGGGGUUUUUUGGGUUUUUUUCGAACGAAUGGUCCCAUUGUAAGAAUAAAAUUGUACAAGUAGUUUCCACACCAAAAUUUGUCGGACAACCCCAAGUCCUUCCAGGGUAAGUUCGGGAAAAAAGAGGGUUGCUAACAGGGCAAAGGGGUGGGUUUUUGUCGAAAAGGGGAGAGGGGAAGAAAAAAGGGGAAAGGGAAAGGGAACAACCAAAAAUUUGGAAAAAAGGGGGGAAGAAGGGGAGGGGGGGGAGGUAAAAGGGGGUUUAUUUAAAAGAAGGUUUUAAAGCAAAGGGGGAGGGGGGGAAGGGGGAAAGGAAGAGAAAAGGGGGGUUUGGGGGAUUUUAGGGGAAAACGGGGGAGGGGGGAAAGUAAGAUGGGGGGGGGGGAAGGAGUAAGCGGGGGAAGAAAGGGUUAUAACUGAAGCAAGGAGGAAAAGGGGGGGGUUUUUAAAGGGGAAAAGAUGCUUUGCUUUUUUUUUCUCUUUUCCCCCUUCUUUUCCCUUUUUUUUCCCCUUUUUUUUCCCUUUUUUUUUUCCCCCUUUUUUAUCUUUUUUUUUUUUUUUUUGUUUUUUUUUUUUUUCCCCCCCCGACUAAAUUCCCCCCCGCGGGCGGGGGGGUAAGAAAGAUAAGCAAGGGGAGGGUUUUUUUUUGGGGGGGAAAUUUUAUUUCGUAAUUCUCAAACUUUUUUUUUUCUAUUUCCCUUCAAUGAGCUUAAAACCCCUUUUUUUUUUGUUUUUUCCCCCCCCUUUUCUCUUUUUUUUCCUUUUUUUUUCCCCCCCCCCCUUUUUCCCUGCCCUUUCUUCCCUUUUUCCCUCUCCUUUUCCUCCUUUUUUUUUUUUUUUCUUUCUCUUCCCCCUUCCUCCUCUUUUUUUUGUUUUUCCCCCUUUUUUGGGGGUUUUUUUUUUUCCCCUUUUUCCUUUUGGAAACCUUCUUUUGGGUUUUUCUUUCUCUCUUCCUCUCUCCUCCCUCUCCUCCGUCUCUCUCCUUUUCCUCUCUUCUCUCCUCUCUUUUUCUCUCUUCUCUUCUUCCCUCUCCUUUUCCUUUCCUUCCUCCUCCUUUCCUCCCCUCCUCUCUUCUCUUUCUUUCCUCCCCCUUUCCUCCUCCCCCCUCUCUCCUUCCCUUCUCUCUCUUUUCCUCCCUCCUCUUCUUUCCCCCCUUUCUCUCUUUUCCCCCUCCUCCUCUUUUUUCUUUUUUCCCCCUUCCCUCCUUUUUCCUUCUCCCUUCCUCUGCCUUCUUUUUUUUCCCCGCUCUCCCCUCGCGUGGCCUUCUUUUUUCCUUGUCGGCUCUCUCCCGUUUUUCCCUUUCCCCUUCCCCCCGGCGAACCGGCUUUUGGAACAACGGGCGGGGUUGCUGUUUUCGCAUCCCCAAGCAGAGCCUCUGUUUAAAUCUCCCCCUUCCAUCUACUGAACGGGUUUUACACGCUAGAAAUAUUUAUCCUUUCCCGAAAUCCAAAAAAAUGGGCUCUGGGUUUUUCUAUUCACUGUUCUGUCCUGUCUUGCCACCGCCGGUGUCGGCCUCGCCCCUCAACCUUGUCCUAACUAUCACUGAUUUUUUCGUUGUGAGACAACUGCCACAUUCGGUAAUAGCUGGACUAAAGUUCUGUAAAAGGAGUGGGAUAGGGGGCUCCGGCUGCUGUGGAAGGCUUAAGGUGGAGUAGUGUGGGGUGUGUGGAUUAAUAGUUGGUUGUGUGGAAUAAUGAGUGGGUGGGUUGGAUGGGUGGAGUUUUGGUGGAGUGGGGUUUUUGGGUUGUUAAGUAGUUUUUUUUUUGGGGGGGGGGUGGUGUUUUGGGUUGGGAUUUUAGUGUUUUGGGGGGUUUGGGGGUGUUGUGUGGUGGGUGUUUGGGUUGUUGUGGGGGUGGUUGGGUGGGGGUUUUUGGUUUCCGGGGUUUCUUGGUUCUUUUUUUUGGGUUUGGGGGGGUGGGGGGUUUUUGGGUUUUUUUCUUUUUUUGCAUUUUUUUUUGUUUUUUUGUUUUUUGUGUUGUGUGGGGUUUUUUUUUGUUUCUUUUUUUUGGUUUUUUGUUUUUUGUUUUUUUUUUCUUUUUUUUUUUUUUUUUUUGUUUUUUUAUUUUUUGUUUUUCUUUUUUUUCUUUUUCUUUUUUUUUUUUUUUAAUUUUUUUUUUUUUUUCUUUUUUUUUUUCUUUUUUUUUUUUUUUUUUUUUUUUUUUUUUUUUUUUUUUUUUUUUUCCCUUUUUUUUUUUUUUUUUUUUUUUUUUUUUUUUUUUGAGUGGAAAUAGUGUGGGUGGGGGAAUGGGUUAUGUGUAUAGGUUUUUGUGGGGAGUGUUUUAAAAAUAUGUAAAGCUGAUGGGUUUUGGGGGGGUUUAUUCGGAAAAGGAAUGGGUUUGUGGUUUGAUAUUAUGUGGCGGGAAAAUUUUCCAAAACUUUGGGUUUUUCCUAAUUUUUUUUUCAAACCGUAAUUUUAAGAUUUUUUUUAUUUCUUUUGGAAAAAAAAUACCAAAUUUGGUUUUUAAAAAAGUUUUUAAAAAAUUAAAAAAUUUAUUUCAAAAUGGUUUAUUUUCCCCCCUUUAAGAAAGCCCCAAAAUAAAAACCCCCUUGGUAAAAGGGAAAUAAAAAAAAGUUUUAAAAAAUAAAAAUAUUGGCAAUUUGGUUUUUGGGCAUCACGAAAAAACCCUUUGUCUUGUGCAAUCCCAACACCUCUCAUCACCCCGAAACACCAUUCCCACAGUGAAGCAUGGUGGUGGCAGCAUCAUGCUGUGGGGAUGUUAUUCAUCGGCAGGGACUGGGAAAACUGGUCAGAAUUGAAGGAAUGAUGGAUGGCGUUAAAUACAGGGAAAUUCUUGAGGGAAACCUGUUUCAGUCUUCCAGAGAUUUGAGACUGGGACGGAGGUUCACCUUCCAGCAGGACAAUGACCAUAAGCAUACUGCUAAAGCAACACUUGAGUGGUUUUAGGGGAAACAUUUAAAUGUCUUGGAAUGGCCUAGUCAAAGCCCAGACCUCAAUCCAAUUGAGAAUCUGUGGUAUGACUUAAAGAUUGCUGUACACCAGUGGAACCCAUCCAACUUGAAGGAGCUGGAGCAGUUUUGCCUUGAAGAAUGGGCAAAAAUCCCAGAGGCUAGAUGUACCAAGCUUAUAGAGACAUACCCCAAGAGACUUGCAGCUGUAAUUGCUGCAAAAGGUGGCUCUACAAAGUAUUGACUUUGGGGGGGUGAAUAGUUAUGCACGCUCAAGUUUUCUGUUUUUUUGUCUUAUUUCUUGUUUGUUUCACAAUAAAACAUAUUUUGCAUCUUCAAAGUGGUAGGCAUGUUGUGUAAAUCAUAUGAUACAAACCCCCCCAAAACCAAUUUUAAUUCCAGGUUGUAAGGCAACUAAAUAGGAAAAAUGCCAAGUGGGGUGAAUACUUUCGCAAGCCACUGUAUACAACAGUAUGUGUACACCCCUUCAAAUUAGUGGAUUUGGUGAUUUCAGCCUCACCCGUUGCUGACAGGUGUAUACAAUCAAGCACACAGCCAUGCAAUCUCCAUAGACAAACAUUGGCAGUAGAAUGGCCUUACAGAAGAGCUCAGUGACUUUCAACGUGGCACUGUCAUAGGAUGCCACCUUUCCAACAAGUUAGUUCAUCAAAUUUCUGCCCUGCUAGAGCUGCCCCAGUCAACUGUAAGUGCUGUUAUUGUGAAGUGGAAAUGUCUAAGAGCAACAACAGCUCAGCCACGAAGAGGUAGGCCACACAAGAACUGGACUGCCGAGUGCUGAAGCACGUAGCGUGUACAAAUCAUCUAUCCUCGGUUUCAGCAGGCACUACCGAGUUCCAAAAUGCCUCUGGAAGCAACGUCAGCUCAAGAACUGUUCGUCGGGAGCUUCAUGAAAUGGGUUUCCAUGGCCGAGCAGCCGCACACAAGCCUAAGAUCACCAUGUGCAAUGCCAAGCUUCGGCUGGAGUGGUGUAAAGCUCGCCGCUAUUGGACUCUGGAGCAGUGGAAACGCGUUCUCUGGAGUGAUGAAUCACGCUUCACCAUCUGGCGGUCCGACGGACUAAUCUAGGUUUGGCGGAUGCCAGGAAAACGCCUCCUGCCCCAAUGCAUAGUGCCAACUGUAAAGUUUGGUGGGGGAGGAAUAAUGGUCUGGGGAUGUUUUUCAUGGUUCGGGCUAGGCCCCUUAGUUCCAGUGAAGGGAAAUAUUAACGCUACAGCAUACAGUGGCAUUCUAGAUGAUUCUGUGCUUCCAACUUUGUCGCAAAAGUUUGGGGAAGGCCCUUUACUGUUUCAGCAUGACAAUACCCCCAUGCACAAAGCAAGAUCCAUAAAGAAAUGGUUUGUCGAGAUCAGUGUGGAAGAACUUGACUGGCCUGCACAGAGCCCUGACCUCAACCUCAUCGAACACCUUUGGGAUGAAUUGGAACGCCAACUGCAAGUCAGGCCUAAUCGCCCAACCUCAGUGCCCGACCUCACUAAUGCUCUUGUGGCUGAAUGGAAGCAAGUCCCUGCAGCAAUGUUCCAACAUCUAGUGGAAAGCCUUCCCAGAAGAGUGGAGGCUGUUAUAGCAGCAAAGGGGGGACCAACUCCAUAUUAAUGCCCAUAAUAUUGAAAGUAGAUUUUUGACAAGCAGGUGUCCACAUACCUUUGAUCAUGUUGUGUACGAUGUCAUGUAAGUGAUGCAGAGAGAUUCUAGAAUAUCUGGCCUCCAAUCAGAGCUUGGGAAAAAAAGAGUAUGAUGAUUGAACAUAUUAGAAAGCUACAAUGUCAUCAGUUUGUUCCCACUGGUAAUGAUGACUUGUCAGCCUGGCUUUUCGGGAUGAUUGAUGUCAUUACUGGAAUGGACUGGAAGGUAUGAUGUCAUCUCAAAACUGAGCUGCACAGCAAAACAUGAUGAUGAUGUAAUCCACAGUGACAGUUAUAGUGACUUGUCUGUUUUUUCUGAUUGACUAAAGCACAGGAAGCCUUACGUCAGUGUCUUGUCAAACUGUUUUAUUUUCUCCCCUUGUCAACUGACCUUUUGUAGAUGAUGAAUGUGAAGUGCGUGCGUUCGUGAGUUUGACAUGGCAUGACAUGGAAUGUUUUGCCUAUUCGUGUGUGUAAGUACUGUACAUGUUUGCAUGUAUAUAUACCACUAUGUAUUUCUUUCAUUCUGACACUACCUUCUCUCCUCUCCUCCCCAGCCAAGCCCAGAACCUCUCUGAGACAGCCAGACCACAGGGUCCGUGGUGUGGGGCGAGGAGAAGGAGGAGGAGGAGGAGGAGGAGGAGGAGGUGGGGGCGGCCGAGGGUCGGGAGGCCAGCAUGGAGACUUCAGACAGCGGAGGGACAUGAGGGCCACCCAAUCAGAGGGAAAGAGCAAUCAGAGCUCCAACCAGAACAAACCAACCAAUCAGAACACCCCUACUACCAGGAAGUUCUCUGUGCCCUCUGAGAGGUGAGUGGUGAUUGUUCGGAAACCAUAAACAGACUGGCUAGACUGCACUAAUCAUUCCCUUAUGACUGAAGGGAGUUAAAUGGAGGAAGAACUUGGCAAAAAGAAAGACAGACUGACGUUUUUUUUCUCUCACCCUGAUGACCUAGUAGUGUGAAUAGCUAUCCUCUGUUGGGGCCGUUUGAAAUGCUGUCGCUGUAGAACGACGCUCUAGAAACUAAAAACGAUGGCCUGUAUUCCCUUGUCCCUGUUAUCUAAAUCGUUAGAGUUACUUACUCUGUUAAAGGUAGAAUCUGCAGCAGGGGGAAUAGUGCCACUGGCCACCCCAGCACGGUUGUUAUUGUUUCUGUUGCGGAGCUGAGGAGUGUCGCGCAGCUUGGUGAAAAACAUUGGAGUACAUAUUUUGCUUGUCUACUGUGCGUACAAUGAUGUAUCUUCUUUGUUGUUGUAAUACCGUUAAGGAUUCCAGCUUUAAGGAACUACAAAUCAGAAUCAGGAACUAUGAAUCAAAGUCAGGAACUAUUAAUCAAAGUCAGGAACUACGAAUUAGAAUCAGGAACUACGAAUCAGAAUCAGGAACUAUGAAUCAGAAUCAGGAACUACGAAUCAAAGUCAGGAGCUACGAACCAGAAUCAGGAACUACGAAUCAGAAUCAGGAACUAUGAAUCAGAAUCAGGAACUAUGAAUCUGAAUCAGGAACUACAAAUCAGAAUCAGGAACUAUGAAUCAGAAUCAGGAACUACGAAUCAGAAUCUGGAACUAUGAAUCAGAAUCAGGAACUACGAAUCAGAAUCAGGAACUACAAAUCAGAAUCAGGAACUAUGAAUCAGAAUCAGGAACUAUGAAUCAAAGUCAGGAACUACGAAUCAGAAUCAGGAACUACGAAUCAGAAUCAGGAACUACGAAUCAGGAAAUGAAAGGAUGAAAAGAAUGAAGACAAGGUUUCUUUCUCUCAGUCACUCACUCUCCACUCUGUGUUUCUUUCUUUGUUAGUCACUCUCCACUCUGUGUUUCUUUCUCUCAGUCAGUCACUCACUCUCCACUCUGUUUCUUUCUCUCAGUCACUAACUCUCCACUCUGUGUUUCUUUCUCUCAGUCAGUCACUCUCCACUCUGUGUUUCUUUCUCUCAGUCAGUCAGUCACUCUCCACUCUGUGUUUCUUUCUCUCAGUCAGUCACUCACUCUCCACUCUGUGUUUCUUUCUCUCAGUCAGUCAGUCACUCUCCCCUCCAUGUUUCUUUCUUUCAGUCAGUCAGUCACUCUCCCCUCCAUGUUUCUUUCUUUCAGUCAGUCAGUCACUCUUCCCUCCAUGUUUCUUUCUCUCAGUCAGUCAGUCACUCUCCCCUCCAUGUUUCUUUCUUUCAGUCAGUCAGUCACUCUCCCCUCCAUGUUUAUUUAUCUGUCAGUCAGUCACUCACUCUCCACUCUGUUUCUUUCUCUCAGUCAGUCACUCACUCUCCACUCUGUGUUUCUUUCUCUCAGUCAGUCACUCACUCUCCACUCUGUGUUUCUUUCUCUCAGUCAGUCAGUCACUCUCCACUCUGUUUCUUUCUCUGUCAGUCACUCACUCUCCCCUCCAUGUUUCUUUCUCUCAGUCAGUCAGUCACUCUCCACUCUGUUUUCUUGCUCUCGGUCAGUCACUCACUCUCCACUCUAUGUGUUUCUUUCUCUCUUUCUUUCCUCUGUCCUCUUCGGUCCUCCUUUUUUUCUCUCUGUCUUCCUUAGUGACCUGAAGGAGAAUAGCAUGGUGAAUGAAUGGCGCUGGAACCCACUGGUUGGUUAAGUGGGGAAAGCCAUCCCUCUCUCCCUCCCGCUCACUCUCUUUCCGCCCUGUGUGCUUAUUCAGGAGUAGCACCAGAGCUGCAACAGCCUCUCUCUCUCUCUCUCUCUCUCUCUCUCUCUCUCUCUCUUACCCCUUCUGUCUCCCUCCGCUCCCUCCCUCUAUCUCCCUCCGCUCCCAUUUUUUCCGGCACAAUCUGGGCACCGGCAGCUAGCUAAUGAAAACAACUGAUGUGUAUCAGUGGCACUCUCUCACCAGACAAGGGACCACAGCAGAGACCGGGGUGGCAUGACUGAAACCAUAGGGACAAGGCAGACUAAUCCCUCUCCUGUCCUACUACAGAUGAACAGCCCAAUGAUUCAGCAUGUCUGGAGUAGGACAGUUACUUUCAUCAGCCUCAAAUCAAAGGCAGAGAGACGCGCAUGGGAGCACACUGGCAGUGCAGCACACACACAUUGAUAUAUAUACACACACACAGAGAUACACACACACAUAGAUAUAUACACACACAUAUACACACAGAUAUACACACACACACACAUCAAUAUACACACACACACACACAUAGAUAUACACACACAUAUACACACAGAUAUACACACACACAUGGAUAUACACACACACACAUACCCACACACACACACACACAGAGAUAUACACACACACACAGAUAUACACACACACAUACACACACACACAUAGAUAUACACACACACACACACACACAAACACACACACACACAUAGAUAUACACACACAUACACACACACACAGAUAUAAACACACACAUACAAAUAGAUAUACACACAUAUACACACACUUUUAUCUGUAGCUCAGCUGGUAGAGCACGGCGCUUGUAACGCCAAAGUAGUGGGGUCGAUCCCCGGGACCACCCAUACACAAAAAUGUAUGCACGCAUGACUGUAAGUCGCUUUGGAUAAAAGCGUCUGCUAAAUGGCAUAUUAUAUUAUUAUUAUUAUUAGAACUCUGGGUGGUGUGCAGCCUGUCGCAUGCUGCCACUGAUCACUCAGCCAUUGUCGAGUCACUGAUGGUAUUUGAGUAUAUGUUAGGUCACUCACAUUACAGCCUGGGUUGGAGAGCAACGGAUUACAUGGAAUCUGAUUAUAUUUUUAAAAAACUACCUGUAAUCCGUUACGUUACCAGCUAAAAUAUUGUGAUUAGAUUACAGAUAUCUUUUGAAAAACGAGAUGAUCACUUCUUGGAUUACUUUUAAAUUCAGAAAGGAUGUUUGCGAAUACAAAUACAUUAUGACACCUUUCUGUUUUCUCAAUGACAUUCAAUUCAGCAUGGAAAAAAAGGUGCAAGUUUUAAGUUUGUUCCACCAAAAUGACACACCAAAUGAUGACCACCAAUCAGAGACCAUUAUGAUGACACACCAAAUGAUGACCACCAAUCAGAGACCACUAUGAUGACACACCAAAUGAUGACCACUAAUCAGAGACCACUAUGAUGACACACCAAAUGAUGACCACCAAUCAGAGACCACUAUGAUGACUACCAAUCAGAGACCACUAUGAUGACACACCAAAUGAUGACCACCAAUCAGAGACCACUAUGAUGACACACCAAAUGCGUUUGAUGGAUCCUUUUUGUCUUCUUCUAAUGCCUCUUAAGGAGAAAGUAAUCCAAAAGUAACUGAAAGUAAUGGGAUUACUGAGUUUGGUAAUCCAAAAGUAACUGAAAGUAAUCAGAUUACUGAGUUUGGUCAUCCAAAAUUAACUGAAAGUAAUCAGAUUACUGAGUUUGGUAAUCCAAAAGUCACUGAAAGUAAUCAGAUUACUGAGUUUGGUAAUCCAAAAGUUAAGUUCCAUCCAAGUGAUAUCCACCCUCUGGUUUUUGGCAACGGACACUUUUCAGCAGGAGCCUGCUGAUCGGCAUCUCACAGCCCUCGAUGAACCAACGUUUUGGAUGCAAUCAUCAGCAAAACGAACAGUUACAUACAGUUUCCAUACACCACCGUGCAACAGGUUUAUUUUCCAUUAUAGAAAUAGACGGCACCCACAUCGCCAUUAAAUCACCAUCCCAAAACUAGUUCAACUAUGUGAACUGAAAAGGCUUCCACUCAUAAUGUACAGGUGAUAGGUUAUGUGAUGCGCAACAUACGCUGCUGAAUGUGGUGGCCAGGUGGAACGCACAACUCGUUCAUUCUGCAGAACAGUAAUGUUAGCCUAUACGCCUACAGGAGGGAGCUGUUGAGGAUGGAUAGCUUAUUGGUGAGUGUUGACUAUUAAUUUAAAGUAUAUUUGCCGUUGCUAAAGCAACUUGAACUGUCCUAAUGGUCCUCUCUUUGUAGCUAUGUUUUUAUGUUUACUGGUCAAGCCACAACUGAGCGAGCCAAAUAAAAAGCUUUUGGUUGUACUCAGUCUCUGACGCAAGCGCCUCUAUUUCAGUCAUUGAAAAGUAUUUAUUUGUACCUUUUUUUGGUUGUGCUUUGUAUUUUAUGGUACGGCGUUGUAUAUUCCCCACGGGCUUUAAAGAUAGGAUUUUGACCCUAUAUGGUUAAUUAGGGGCGUUUUAAAGUGCAAACAGCCAAGGUCGUGCACGAUCACUGAGGCUAAGAUCAAUUGGUAUUUAUCAAUGGUUAUCUCCUACCGGUGUGUGUAUGAUGCUCGUAGGAUUGUUUGAUAAAUCACACUUUUAUUAUGCGUACGAACAUUCCUAAGUUCCGUUCGUAAGUAGUAUUUUCGAAUAAUUUCUACGCAAUAUUGAUAAAUGAGGCCCGGGGCCCACAAUUAUCUCUAUCUGGGGAUUUCAAGCAAUGAAUGGCCUGUUAUGGUUGCUGUUCUGCCCGGCGACUCAGUUGUAUAAGGAUGAUGUAUUCAGAAUGUUAUGCUCCUAUUGUCUAAGGUAAUUCUGGGAUGGAGAGGUUCCCAUCAGAGAGCAUUAUGGGUUGUAGGGUGUAAUCAGUGACAUAGAAGGUAGAGGGGCUCACCCAUUGAAUUGAAUGGGGAUGACUGUUCUAGGAAUUAUUAUAUUUCUAUGAGGAUAUCUCAGGCCUCUACACUCUAACACAGGCCUAAUGUUUAUGGAGUAUGAACAGAGUACAGUAGAGUACAGUAUAAUACAGCAGAAUACAGUAGAGUACAGCAGAAUACAGUAGAAUACAGUAGAAUACAGCAGAGUACAGUAGAAUACAGCAGAGUACAGUAAAAUACAGCAGAGUACAGUAGAGUACAGUAGAGUAAAGUAGAGUACAGUAGAGUACAGUAGAGUACAGCAGAAUACAGUAGAAUACAGUAGAGUACAGCAGAAUACAGUAGAAUACAGUAUAGUACAGCAGAAUACAGUAGAAUACAGUAGAGUACAAUAGAGUACAGCAGAAUACAGCAGAAUACAGCAGAGUACAGUAGAGUACAGCAGAGUACAGCAGAGUAUAGCAGAAUACAAUAGAGUAAAGCAGAGUACAGUAGAGUACAGUAUGAAAAAUGUAUGCACUCACUAACUGUAAGUCACUCUGGAUAAGAGCGUCUGCUAAAUGACUAAAAUGUAAAUGUAAAAUACAGUAGUCUUGUCUAGCACUGACUGGGUUGACUGAUUAUUGCUGGCUUCUUCCACCCGAGUUUCUGUUUGGUUCAGGAAUGGGGACACAAACUGCAUUAUGUAUCCAAACAGGAAACUAAACAAAAAGGAAAUGAAACACAAGUAUGUUUGUUAUUCCUCCAUUGUCCUCCAUUGAUUGAUAAGUGUCUGUUUGGACUCCCUGUCAUUUGGAGGAUACAGUAGAAAUUGUUAUUUUUCACUCUUUUCUUUUUGUGUGUUUAGGUCAGACAAAAGGAUGACCCUGCCGUCACGGUUCCAGAACGAAGUGCACGCUCACCUCUCCAGGAACACCCAGAGCAACCGUACGUGGGACACUGACACACACACACACACACACACACACACACACACACACACACACACACACACACACACACACACACACACACACACACACACACACACACACACACACACACACACCUCUAGAUAUGCCCAGCAGAGCAACAGUGAAAUGCCCAGCAGAGCAACAGUGAAAUGCCCAGCAGAGCAACAGUGAAAUGCCCAGCAGAGCAACAGUGAAAUGCCCAGCAGAGCAACAGUGAAAUGCCCAGCAGAGCAACAGUGUGUAGGACAGUUGAAGGACUACAACAGACUGUACUGUAUGUCCCAGAUCAGGGGUUUUAUAGGUCCACAGCAUUGCUGUUUUCAUCUGGGGUGUAGUUCCUCACAGAGAGUUCAGUCUUUACAUCGAAAGUAAAACCUCUUGAAACAGUAAUUUACACAGCUAUCGCUGACCCCUCUGGUUCCUUCACAUUACUGUCCUUUGAGCACAGCACGUCUCAAAGCAAAAAUGACAUUACAGGCUAGAGUUUAGCUUUAGGCUGCUAACUCAUUACUUUCUUCUUAGGAAUAAGAGACAGGUCUAGGAAAGCAGACGUUUUUAGUGUUACCCUGAGGCACCAAAAGUCUCUUGCAAUGUAACACACAGUGUUUUUCUCAGGGCCCUAGACUAUAGCCGCCUGGUCAGGACAGACUCCUGGACUUAUAUAUUCCAUAUCGUCCCAAAAACUGUGCAACAACAAGUCUAUACCUGUAUUAUUUCAUACAAAUCGUGCCUAACCAACUUCACCUAAAACGCCCUCCUCUUCUUUCCUCCUCCAGCUCCCACAAACCUCAACGGAAAUGCCGGCUCUGGGAAGCCCAAGCCACAUCACUACCCCAAGGACUACAACCCCUCAUCCGGUGGGAACUACAACCCCCAGCAGGUGCAGGGGCGUAUCAGAGAGGUGCUGAACAAGUACAGUAAUGGUUUCUGGUUGUCCAAGCUGCCUCAGCUCUACAGAGAACUGUACAAACAGGACCUGCCUAGUGAAGCAAUCAAAGACUUGGAGCACUGGAGACACAUCUGCACCGUAUGUACUUGUAGUGUAUUUGAGGUUUAAAGAAGGCUUCUGAAGUUUGUAAUUUCUACUUUGAAAUUUCAGACUUGAUAUAUCUUUACGAAAAAUGUAUCAACCCCUAAAAAAAUGCCCAUUAAUUAUAAUCCACAUUUCCUGUUGCUGCAGGAUUAUUUUCCUGCUGUAGCAAACUAGCUCAAAUUAAGAUCCUGUAUAUAUUAGAUACAGCUUUUAAAAAAUAAACUGAAAAUAAAAUAUGAAUAAUUUAUAGCUAAAUAAACAUGGUUUGAGUGUAAUACUGAUAUUGUACAUAGCGUUUUAUUUUCUAGCCAAACAUGUUCUAUGUUUACAUGGAAUUCAACAAUAACAUCAUGAUAAGCAUCCCUCAUCUGGUUCGCAAUAGCAAAAAUAUUUGCACCUUUGGGGUCCCGAGUGGCGCAGCGGUCUAAGGCACUGCAUCUCAGUGCUUAAGGCGUCACUACAGACCCCCUGGCUCGAUUCCAGGCUGUAUCACAACCGGCCGUGAUUGGGAGUCCCAUAGGGCGGCGCACAAUUGGCCCAGCGUCGUCCGGGUUUGGCCGGUGUAGGCCGCCAUUGUAAAUAAGAAUUUGUUCUUAACUGACUUGCCUAGUUAAAUAAAGGUAAAAUAACAGUUGAUACUCUCUAAGUCAAAUAGCCUGUAAGUCACCACAACUGCGUAGCAUAUGGUGUGAUUUAUAAUGGCAGUAUUAUCCUUAGUUUUAGAUCUGGGCACAUAUGUAUCAAAGUCUCGUGCUGAUUUAGGAUCUGUUUUGACUAUUAGAUCACAAUGAAUAAGGUUACAUGAACAGGAAAGACCUGAUCCUUGAUCAGCACUCCUAUUCUGAGAUGCUUGAUACAAAUGGCCACUGGUGGUUGUAGACUCUGUUUAUCUGAAGAAUAUGUCCUCCUGUUCCAGGUAGAGAAACCAUGCAGUAGCAACCCCAAUGAGUUACUCCUCUACCCAGCUAAGGAACCAACACAAACGCAGACCCCAUCCCCUAUCCCUACCAGAGUCCUAUCCCACACCUCCACCCCCUUCACCCCAUCCAUGGACAUCAAGCCCCAGUCAAAGUCCCCUAUCACCCCCACUACCACCACCAUGAGCCCCCUCCCACUCACUCCCCCCUCCUCCUCCCCCAGUCCUCCGGCCUCCCCCUCCAACCUCUCUCCCGACCUCAAACAAAAACUGGGAGAGCUUCUAGUCAAAUACAGCAACGGUCUAUGGGUCCACGCCUUACCCAAACUCUACUUGGACACGUACAAGACCAAAUUCCCCGAACACGUCCUGGAGAAUCUCUCGCUGCUCUCCGACUUCUGCACCAUCGACUACCCCAUGCCGGACAACCCCAAACGUGCCAUUCUGUACAAGAGGACCAGGGAGGACGAAAACCGCAACAGGAGGGAGUCAGUGGAGGAGCGCAGGGCCAGAGAGGAGGUGGGGAGGAGGCUCAGCACCCAGACUGUACCUCCUCUUCUCAUACCCCCAAAGGAGUACCCCUCUGUUUUGGUGGGGGAGGCUACUAAUACCAAUGGAGUCAUACUCAGGUAAGAACCAGUGUGAUAGGCAUGGGAAUCGUUUGGUUGUGGUGCAGUAAGAAUAGGGCAUGACAAUGCCUUACCUGGAUGAAUAGAAAGAAAUGAAAGAUUCUCUCCUCUCUCUCUCUCUUCUUACCCCCCUCCCCUCUCUCCCUGUGUAUCCUCCAUCCAGGUACAUAGGAGAGGGCUACUCCCAGGCGCAGGAGGCUCUGGAGGACAAGAUGAGAGAAUUCUACUGUUGCCAGGACAACAACACCCGUACUGGUGACAACAACAGUCGUACACCCCUGACCUCCCUAACCUCGGGUCAGCUGGCUGCCGUCAGGGCGGAGGACGAGGAGAUACUACGAGCACAAGUCACAGAGGUCAUGGCCGACAAGGUCAAGGUGAGUUCAAAGGUCAAUUGGUUGAAACGUCUAAAUUAAUAAAGAUACAAUGAUUUCUAUAUCGUAGGGUAUAUGUUAUAUUAUGGAUAUAUGGUGCCAUGUUAAUGGUUUAAGGAUAGGAAGAAAGUUUAGGGUUUGACAUUUUAGAAAAUGAAUCACUUCUCUCCACUUCUUUUUCACUGUGUUUUUUGCGUGUCUGUUGUUGAAUCUGUAGGUUUACUACGUGGAUCACGGGUUUUCGGAAGUCAUCAGCAAGGCCAAAGUGUUUGAGCUGCAUGAUACGUUUUUCAAACUGCCUUUCCAGGCCACUAAGUGUCAAUUGGCUGGUGAGUUUUGAUCAAAAUCUUCGACAGUGAAUUAUAAAAUCAACAGCGUUGCAGUCAGAUGUUUGGAUUCAGUUUCUUCUUCUUAAUGAAGUGUCUGUCUGUCUGUCCGUCCGUCUGUCUGUCUGUUUUCCUAUGCAGGUCUGGAGCCUUUCUGCCAGGAGCCUGCUGUCCUGAAAAAGUUUGAGUCCAUGGCCAGCGGCAAGAUCCUGUUGGCUGAGAUCCUAGAGAGAGAGCAGACCCCAUUGGUGGUCCUGUACGACACGUCGCAGGAUGAUGAUGUUAACAUCAACGCUGCAUGUAUCAAAGCCCUGCAGGACAAGACUCUGGCCAGCCCCCUACAGGUGGGUUACUGUCAGAGUAGAGGAGAGGGGACGGGAGGGGAGGGGAGGAGAGGAGAGGGGAGGAGGAGAGGAGGGGAGGGGAGGGGAGGGGAGGGGAGGGGAGGAGAGGAGAGGGAGGAGGAGAGGAGGAGAGGAGAGUACCUGUACCACUGUCAGUGGGUUGAAUACAUUCUUGAGCAUCUUUCAUCAGUACUGUAUUAAUCCCUGUUUUUCAGUCCAUAUUAUUUUACUCUGGGGUAAUAUCUAAAUAGUAGUUCUCCAACAGAUUCCCAGACUCCAGAUGCACCUUUUAAAAAUGUUUAAAUGAGUGGAAUGGGAUCAUGUCUAACCCAGCCAUGGAUCUCUCUCCCACUGUAGGUGAACAGUGCCUAUAUGAACGUGGCUGUGAGAAGUGUGUGUUCAGACGGGACAAUCUACUGUCAGCUCCCGUCUCUAGGUCUGGCCAAACUCACUGAGAUCCUGGAGAAGGCUGAGGCAUACUUCCACUCACAGGUGUGUGUGUGUGUGUGUGUGUGUGUGUGUGUGUGUGUGUCGUCUUCUGAGGAGGAUGCUGAGAGCCAGACACAGUUGAGAUUAAGGAACAUAAUCUGGGGUUAAGACACACGCUACUUAGUUGAUCUCAUCACAUGACACUGGAACUGACUGACUGUCAAUGACCCAGUGGUAACAUAGUACCUACCCUAGUCUCCAGUUAUCAUUCACUAAGACGGAAAGUAUUCAGACCCCUUGACUUUUUCCACAUUUUGUUACGUUACAGCCUUGUUCUAAAAUUGAUUAAAUUGUUUUUUUCCUCAUCAAUCUACACACAAUAUAUUGACCUUGACCUGAAAUGUUCUGCUUCAACAGUCUGAGUCAACGUAGAUCUCAUGUUUGUUUUUUUUGCCCGUGUCUGUCUCAUGUUGAUGACAUAAUCCUGUCCUAUACUGAUGACAUAAUCUCUUCUGUGUGGCAGGUGACAUCAGAGUUCCUGGUGUCCAGACCGUUCUGUGGGAAAGUCUGUUUGGCACGCUACAAAGGCAAAUGGUCUCGUGUGGAGGUGAGAUGGAUUCUAUUACCAAUACAGUCAAUAGCUGAUGUGGCAAUGAUAGAUACUGCAUGUCUCAGCUACAGUUCUGCCUAAAGGUCAUACCAUCUAGCUUCAGUUUAACCCACAAUGAAAGAUGUGGAGCAGAAGAUGACUUACCUGGAAGGAAGUUAAUUGUGAUAGUUAAUUAGCUAAAUGUUACACCAAAUAUUGUACAAAAUGUAUACAGAUGGAGGAUCUUAAUUUGACCAGUAUUGUCACAGCAAAAGAAUCCUGCAGCAACAGGAUUUUAACAUUUAGUCCAUAAUGUUGCUUGAUCGGUGGUUAGGCUAUUAGCUGGCCAAAAUUAAGCUACAUGAAAAAUACUUUUAUUAUAACCGUGUGUGUGGGGGUUUCAGUGAAUUUAUGUAAAUCAUCAAGCUCAUCUGCAUUUGCGGUGCAGGAAAAUUCUCAGCAACAGAAGAGUGAUCAAAUUAAGAUCCUACAUCUGUAGCACACAAUGCUAGCACAUCCUAGACAACCAGGUCAUAUGUUCCCACACUUUCUCCACACUCUUUCCCUGUAUUCUUCACAGCGGCCUAUCUUUCACCCUCCCUCAUUCCCCUGUUUCUCCUAUAGAUCACUAACCUCCAUGGUAGUUGUGUGUUGGACAUCCUCUUCAUAGACCUGGGGGUGCAGGCCUCGGUGGAGGUGUUUGAGCUGAGGGAAGUCCCACCUCCUUUCCUACGGGACCUGAUUGCCAUCCCUCCACAGGUCAGAACAUGGAUGGGGGGGUAGUCUGACGUGCAGUAGUCUCUCUAGAGAUGGUGAAGUGUUGUCUGGGUAAUGUAGUCUGACGUGCAGUAGUCUCUCUCUAGGUAGUGAAGUGUUUUCUGGGUAAUGUAGUCUGACGUGCAGUAGUCUCUCUAGAGAUGGUGAAGUGUUGUCUGGGUAACGUAGUCUGAUGUGCAGUAGCCUCUCUCUUGGCAGUGAACUGUUGUCUGGGUAAUGUAGUCUGACGUGCAGUAGUCUCUCUCUUUAGGCGGUGAAGUGUUGUCUGGGUAAUGUAGACUGACGUGCAAUAGUCUCUCUCUUUAGGCGGUGAAGUGUUGUCUGGGUAAUGUAGUCUGACGUGCAGUAGUCUCUCUAGGCAGUGAAGUGUUGUCUGGGUAAUGUAGUCUGACGUGCAGUAGUCUCUCUAGAGAUGGUGAAGUGUUGUCUGGGUAAUGAAUUCUGACGUGCAGUUGUCUCUCUAGAGAUGGUGAAGUGUUGUCUGGGUAACAUAGUCUGACGUACAGGAGUCUCUCUUUAGGCGGUGAAGUGUUGUCUGGGUAAUGUAGUCUAACGUGCAGUAGUUUCUUUAGGCGGUGAAGUGUUGUCUGGGUAACGUAGUCUGACGUGCAGUAGUCUCUCUAGGCAGUGAAGUGUUGUCUGGGUAAUGUAGUCUGACGUACAGUAGUCUCUCUCUAGGCGGUGAAGUGUUGUCUGGCUGAGCUGACUGUGAGUGGUGUGGGUUCCUGGACUCCAGACGCUGUUCAGUGGCUCCGAGACGCCGUGCUCAGCUCUACAGACUGCAGCAUGAAGGUGAUGUAUUACACCUCAUUUUCCUCCGUGUGAUUGGGUAUGCUUUAUAUAGAACUCAUCUUUUUUGUGAGUGUGUGACACCUGCCAAUAUCAAUUCUGAGAAUGUAUCAACACACACACACACACACACACACCAUGCACACACACUGUAUACUCACACUGAGAUACAAAUGCACACACAUACUCCUGUCAGUCUCCCUGACAAGUGACCAUUGUAAACUUACAGCGGAAUUCUUCUUAACACUGAUAGAUCGUAAAUUACUGUUUUAUAUCUUUACUGUUUUAUAUCUUUACUGUUUUAUAUUACUGUUUUAUGUUUUAUAUCAUUAUAUCCUGUUAGUAUGAAUAUACCGUUUUUAUAAAUCUUUAGAGAUUGAAAAGUAGUGUUAGGUUUAAGCGCUUUGUGUAUGAGAAGUGUAAAUAUUUAGUGGUAGACGGUAGGAAUGUGUACUCCCAAUAACUCAAGGUGCUGACUCAUAAGAAGUCCUGUGAUGUGUAUGGAGGAGCAUGGAGAAAUCCUGGAUGAUGGAAAAGUACUGAAAUACAUUUUUGUGGAAGGGAGGGGGUGAGAGCUCAGGGUAUAAAUGGACACUGAAUUGAAUGUGUUUAUUCAGCUGGUACCUCUUCGCUGAGUAAACAUUGGAAACGUCACUCUGAGUUUGGGCUAUUUUGUAUGAUAAAUAUGUUUAUUGUAUAUUGAGAUAUUGGGCUUAUUAUCAACCCCCUCCCUCCCUCCUUCCCUGCCUCCAUCCCUCCCUCCCUCCCUCCCUCCAUCCCUCCCUCCCUCCCUCCAUCCCUCCCUCCAUCCCUCCAUCCUUCCACAGAUCGCCAAGCUGGACAAGACCAAACACAGUGUAGUCCAUGUCUACCUGUUCACCGACAAGAACUUCCAAGACCCCGCGAGGAGUCUCAACCGUCAAAUGGUCGCCUCGGAUCUCUUCAAACACAGAGGCGAUGUCUUCCUCAGGAGCCACAGGUAGGGCUGGGAGUCUAUUCCAACAAGUCAGUUCCUGAUUCCUACACAGUGUGGAAUCUCCUGCCGUUGUGCGAACUCCGCUUUCUCGUGGGGUUGGGGUAAAGGAAAAAUACACAUUUGAGUGGCUCUGUGACAAAUGACAAUAAAAUAUAUUUCAUCUUCUCUUAUCACAGCCCUUCCAAGACCUCCACCUGUACCUCCACUGCCACCCUCACCUCCACCCCCAAGACCUGCACAACCACCCCCACGCCCAGCUCCAACGGGACCAAGCCCCAGCUGAGACACGCCCACUCGGGCUCGGCACCGAGGCCGACGGGGAGUACAAGCACCCCUCCUGGGACUCCCCCACCUCCCUCAUCCACCACACCACACAAGCUGCCCCUGCUGCUGGAACUCCCCCCUGCAGGUCAGUACCAUAUAUUUAGGAUGUGUCCUAAAUGACACCCUAUUCCCUAUUUAGUGCACUACUUUUGACCAGAGCACCAUUUAAAUAGUGAACUAUGUAGGGUUAUUUUAGAACGGACACCAUGUUAGCACCUUUGAGCAUUCCCUACUGUCCACAGAUACAGUCAGAUCCCAAAUUAUUGGCACCCUUGAUAAAGAUGAGCUAAAAAGACUGUAAACAUUUUUAGCCAGACUUUUUUUGCUAAUCUUUAUCAAGGUUGCCAAUAAUUUGGGAACUGACUGUAUCUACAAAUGCAUUGUUUUAUACAAUAUUUUAAAAUUUUAUCCGUUUCCUGACCGAGUUUUCCUGACCAAGAUGGCCGAUAUUUAGUCAUGUUGCUAGGAUGCCAAAGUCCAUUCUAGUGUUCUAUAUGUAAUUCUAUGGUCCAAACUCUCUCUAAAUCUGUCUCUGCUGCAGGUCAUAACAUGGAUAUCUAUGUGUCGGUGGCGUGUCAUCCGGGCCACUUCGUACUGCAACCUUGGAGAGAUAUGUACAAGCUGGUGGUUCUGAUGGGAGAGAUGAUCCUGCACUAUAACAAAACAGAGGCGAAGCCUCUCAAAGGGGAGAAGAACCAGAUAUAUGCUGCCAAAGUGGAGAACAAGUACGUUUGUUGGUAGUGGAUGGGAGCCGGGGGCAUAUGGGGGGGGGGGGGAGGGUGGAAAUGUGUCUUGGGAGAGUGUUAGGGCACUGUAACCCAGGAGUGUGUUAGGGCACUGUAACCCAGGAGUGUGUUAGGGCACUGUAACCCAGGAGUGUGUUAGGGCACUGUAACCCAGGAGUGUGUUAGGGCACUGUAACCCAGGAGUGUGUUAGGGCACUGUAACCCAGGAGAGUGUUAGGGCACUGUAACCCAGGAGUGUGUUAGGGCACUGUAACCCAGGAGUGUGUUAGGGCACUGUAACCCAGGAGUGUGUUAGGGCACUGUAACCCAGGAGUGUGUUAGGGCACUGUAACCCAGGAGUGUGUUAGGGCACUGUAACCCAGGAAGUGUUAGGGCACUGUAACCCAGGAGUGUGUUAGGGCACUGUAACCCAGGAGUGUGUUAGGGCACUGUAACCCAGGAGAGUGUGUUAGGGCACUGUAACCCAGGAGUGUGUUAGGGCACUGUAACCCAGGAGUGUGUUAGGGCACUGUAACCCAGGAGUGUGUUAGGGCACUGUAACCCAGGAGAGUGUUAGGGCACUGUAACCCAGGAGUGUGUUAGGGCACUGUAACCCAGGAGUGUGUUAGGGCACUGUAACCCAGGAGUGUGUUAGGGCACUGUAACCCAGGAGUGUGUUAGGGCACUGUAACCCAGGAGGUGUUAGGCACUGUAACCCAGGAGUGUUGCAUAACAGAUUGUGUUAGGGCUCUUGUAAAGAUAGUUGAGGCACUGUAACAGUGUUACUUAAAUUAGCACCGAGUGUGUUGGGCACACCAGAUGAUUCAGGAGUGUGUAUGAGAGAUUUGUGUAGGGCUUCUUGUAAGAUAGUCUGACUGCAUUCAUUAACAGUGUAUUAAAUUAGUCACCUAGUUUAUUUGGGCACCCAGACUAAGGAUGAACUUGAAUUAACAAACCUCUUGAUUGAAUUAACUUGAUUAAUUGACCUCUCUGUGCCCUCCCAGUUGGCACCGUGUGCUGGUGAAGGGGGUGUUGACCAACGGUCAGGUGUCGGUCUAUGAACUGGACUAUGGUAAACAUGAGCUGGUCAGCAGCACACAGCUCCGCCCCCUCAUACAGGAAUUCCGACAGCUACCAUUCCAGGGCAUCACCGCACAACUCGCAGGUAACUAAGGAGCAUUGCCCCAGACAACCAUAUACCGUAGACUUCAGAAUGCACCCAGACUGCAAAAGAAUCAGCAACAACUGGUUCUUCUUAUUUGCACAUUUUGGAAAAAGAGUUAUGUCCCUUAUAUGGCUGUGUUGCUUUUAUUGUUAUUGUUGAUGUGAACAAGGACCUCUGGAAGCAUCUCUACAUGUGUCACAUGGUCCUUGAGCUCGUUAAUGUCUAGAUAAGUCAAUUCAUUCUGAACAUACAGAACGUUUGAGUAGGAAGUCCUGUGGUGGCCAGGAUAGCAACUGAACUGAGAAAUUACUUCAGCAUUGCAGUCAUUAGUUUAGAGAAGGGGUGUCAAACAUACGGGCCCGCGAGGGGGUCCAAUCCGGCCCACAGGUGGUAAAAAAAAAGAAAAAGUGUUUUGUUGUUUUUGGGGGGCGAGGGAACUAAUUCAAUAUACUUUAAAAUUACUCAAACCAAAUUUAUACUGUGUAGAAAUGAUAAUGGACAUAAAUGUAUACUGUUUUUAUACCUCACUAAUAAUCACAGAAAUUAAAGCUAGACAGUCAGGGAGCAUCGGAAAUUCCAACAAUGAUUGAUAGAGGACUAUCUUUUGCAAAUUUUGACGCCAGGAAAUAUAACCAAUUUUCAAUGCAGCCCUCCGGACCUUGUUGAAGACCGAAUUCUGCCCCCCGGGCAAAAUGAGUUUGACACCCUUGGUUUAGAGGAUAUUUGAUAUAAAUGUUUUACUUUACAUUUUGUGUUUCCUUUUCCUGAAAUUAAAAUCCCUUUUAACUUGCCUAUUUCUCAUACAUAAUUCCUAGGAUAGAUUUUUUUCAUAUGAAGCUUGUUGAUUGGCUAACAUUUCCUCUCCACCAAUAGGAGUGAAGCCGAGGCAGUGGUCGGAGGAGGCUUCCAUCGUGUUCCGGAACCAUGUGGAGAAGAAGCCGCUGGUGGCCCAGCUGGAGGCGGUACAGGAAGCGGAUCACCCCUGGGACAGGAAAUUGACUGUCUUCCUGGUCGACACCUCGCAGGAGGAGAGGGACAUCUGGGUUCAUGACAUCAUGGCCGAGUUCGCUGACGAACUCACCAAAGAAGGGUAGUUGGAUAAACCCUGCAUCUAGAGUGCUGGGUAUGGCAGGAACAACU